AUGGCGGAGGCGGUUGGGGGUCCCGGAGGGGUCGGGGUCCCGCCCCCGCCCCCUCCCCCUCCCCCGGCCCAGGGCUCCCCGGCCGUCGCCGCCGCCGCCGCCGCCGCCGCGGCCCUCGCGGCGGGGGCCGGGGCGGGCUCGGCCCGGAUCGCGGCGAAGAAGGCGCAGCUCCGCUCCGCUCCCCGGGCCAAGAAGCUGCAGAAGCUGGGCGUCUACUCCGCCUGCAAGGCUGAAGAAUCUUGUAAAUGUAAUGGCUGGAAAAACCCCAACCCCCCUCCUACUCCUCCCAGGGCAGACCUGCAGCAGACAAUUGUCAAUCUUACUGAAUCAUGUCGAAGUUGCAGUCAUGCACUAGCUGCUCAUGUUUCUCACCUGGAGAAUGAGUCCGAAGAAGAAAUGAACCGACUUCUGGGCAUUGUGCUAGAUGUGGAAUACCUCUUCACCUGUGUCCAUAAAGAAGAAGAUGCAGAUACCAAACAAGUGUAUUUCUACCUGUUCAAGCUCUUAAGAAAAUGCAUUUUACAGAUGGGGAAACCCGUGGUAGAAGGAUCCUUGGAAAGUCCUCCAUUUGAGAAGCCCAGUAUUGAGCAGGGUGUGAAUAAUUUUGUGCAGUACAAAUUUAGUCACUUACCGUCAAAAGAAAGGCAGACAAUAGUUGAGCUGGCAAAAAUGUUCCUAAAUCGCAUCAAUUAUUGGCACCUGGAGACCCCAUCUCAGCGAAGGCUACGAUCCCCCAAUGAUGACAUUGCCGGAUACAAAGUGAACUACACAAGGUGGCUGUGUUACUGCAACGUGCCUCAAUUCUGUGAUAGUCUACCUCGGUAUGAAACCACCCAGGUGUUUGGAAGGACACUGCUUCGCUCUGUCUUCACUGUCAUGAGAAGGCAGCUCCUGGAACAAGCCAGACAGGAAAAAGAUAAAAUGCCACCAGAGAAACGAACACUGAUCCUCACCCAUUUCCCAAAGUUUCUAUCCAUGUUAGAAGAAGAAAUAUAUAGUCAGAACUCCCCUAUCUGGGAUCAAGAUUUUAUGGCAUCUUCUUCUCGAGCUGGCCAGCUAGGAAUCCAAACAGUCAUCAGUCCACCUCCUCCUGUGGCAAGGACCAUUGCAUAUAGUGGCAGCCCUUCUUCCCUGGAGCAGCCAAGUGGAGGAAACAUGAGUCCUGCCUGCAAAGUGUCUUCUGGGCUCGAGACAAAUCUAGGAGAAAAGAGGAAAAUAAUUGACCCUCAUUCUUUGGAAGAAGCCAAGAAGCCCAGAGUUGUAGGGGACAUUCCAAUUGAAUUGAUCAAUGAAGUUAUGUCCACCAUCACAGACCCAGCUGCAAUGCUGGGACCAGAGACAAACCUCCUCUCCGCCCAUUCAGCCAGGGACGAAGCAGCAAGGCUCGAAGAGCGUAGGGGCGUGAUUGAAUUUCAUGUAGUCGGUAAUUCCCUAAACCAGAAGCCAAACAAAAAGAUCAUGAUGUGGUUGGUUGGCUUACAGAACGUGUUCUCUCAUCAGCUCCCCAGAAUGCCAAAAGAGUAUAUAACACGACUGGUCUUUGAUCCGAAGCACAAGACCCUUGCUUUAAUUAAAGAUGGUCGUGUAAUUGGUGGUAUCUGUUUCCGGAUGUUCCCAUCUCAAGGAUUUACAGAGAUCGUUUUCUGUGCUGUGACCUCUAAUGAGCAAGUCAAGGGCUAUGGAACUCACCUCAUGAAUCACCUGAAAGAAUACCAUAUAAAACAUAAUAUCCUGAACUUUCUCACCUAUGCUGAUGAAUAUGCAAUUGGAUACUUCAAGAAACAAGGUUUCUCCAAAGAUAUUAAAGUACCCAAAGCAAAGUAUGUUGGUUAUAUUAAGGAUUAUGAAGGAGCCACUUUAAUGGGAUGUGAAUUAAAUCCAAGGAUUCCAUACACUGAAUUUUCUGUCAUCAUUAAAAAGCAGAAAGAGAUAAUUAAAAAGCUGAUAGAAAGGAAACAAGCACAGAUUCGCAAAGUCUACCCUGGACUUUCGUGUUUCAAAGAUGGCGUACGACAGAUUCCCAUAGAAAGCAUUCCAGGAAUUAGAGAGACAGGCUGGAAACCAAGUGGAAAAGAGAGAGGUAAAGAGCCCAAAGACCCCGAUCAGCUAUACAGCACAUUAAAAAACAUCCUGCAGCAGGUGAAGAGCCAUCAAAGCGCUUGGCCCUUCAUGGAACCUGUGAAGAGAACAGAAGCUCCUGGAUAUUAUGAAGUUAUAAGGUUCCCUAUGGAUCUGAAAACCAUGAGUGAGCGCCUCAAGAAUAGGUACUACGUAUCUAAGAAAUUAUUCAUGGCAGACUUGCAGCGAGUCUUUACCAAUUGCAAAGAGUACAACCCCCCUGAAAGUGAAUACUACAAAUGUGCCAAUAUACUGGAGAAAUUCUUCUUCACUAAAAUUAAGGAAGCUGGAUUAAUUGACAAGUGACACCUUUUUCUUCUCCCAUUUAACAACCAGUCAAUUGAUAUGCCUAAUGAAUGCCGGUUCAGUUUUGUAAAGAAUUGGGACUUGUUGAAGACACUUGUACACGUUGUUCUAACUAGCACUUUGUAAAAUCUCUCCUUUGAGCUUUUCAAAUAAUAUAUUUCAAUUGACAUUACAGAACAUUUUUAUUUUAUGGAAUAGAUUUUAAUCUAUUUGCUUUUAAUGUAAAAUUUAUUAUGGCAUGUCCAAUAGCAGUAUGUUCAAUAGUAGGUGAUCAGGUAUUUCCUCCAAGCCUCCGUGUGAGGAAACUGCACAUAGUACAGAGUGUUUUGGGAUUCAGAAAAAUUUCCUGACCACGAAUGUUCUAGUUUUUAUUGUUUUUUUUUUCCCUAAUGGAAUGUCUGAAAGUAGUUUUUAUUUUUUUCCAGAGAAAGGAAAGGAAGGGAAAAUGAUCAAAACUGUAAAGGCAGAGAAAUACCUUAUGUCUAAAGCCUCAUAGUAGACCUUUUAUAUAUUUUUAAGAACACUCAUCUAGGUGAGGUGCUGUGAGCCGUUCUGAAGUAGGCAGUUCCGCAAAGGAGACUACUUUGAAUCUUAAGGAAUACAUCCUAGGCAGAAGCUGCCUUUUCUAAGCAUUUGUCUUUUGAUAAUGCUAUCUACCUGCAAGUACCUUGGGCUCUCGUAACCACUAUUUCAAUACUUCUUUUCUCUUGAUAGAUGUAUGCCCUAGUUUUGACUUUGCUUAUGCAGGACAUAAGUUCCAAAAGUAACUUUCAGAACCAGUGGUAGGCAUAUGCUCAGAGUCUCAUCCUUCAUCAUUCGUACUUUGCUUGGAACAGUUUUUCCAACACAUCUAUCUUAUCCACCUGCCAUUAAAUUACGAGCAAACCACGUUUCUAGAUGUCCCAAGAUAUAUUCUUAAGACCAUCAGUAAGGAAUGUACAUACCAAAACUUCACCAAAUGAGUCUCCAGGAUGUGUAUUUGUCUCUGUAGUAAAUCCUUCGUCUUACCAAGCUUCACUGUCAGUAUUGUAAAACAACUGUGAUGAUAUUUAGGCCCAGGAUCCUAUUGUAAGUCCAACUACCUUUUUUGAUUUUACCAUUGGGUAGCACCUCGAGCACUUAGAUAGCACUGUUUACACUACAUGGGAGAAUGAGAUGUUUACCAUCACGUCUCAACUCGGUAGGAAAUUUCAUGUAAAAUAUUGAAGGACAAAUGGUCUUUUGACACUAAUUUUGUGACUCCAUUCCGUAAACCGAUUUUGUGUAAACUAAAUAUUAGCAUCCUUGAUGUUUUCUAGCCACUCUACCAAUGUAAGGCUGAUCAUUUUAACUUUAUUCUGACAGUACGUGGGAGCGCACUGGUCACAGAUGUUGUUAAGCAGAACAGACCUGGUGAUUUGAACAUGUUUCACCACACCGAUGCUCCAUGUAAUCCCACAGAACUAUAUUUACAAAUCCUGAAAACGGUGGGAGAAUCAAGCUCUUAGCAGCCAUUUGGCUAAGUCAGCAGUCUUACGUGAAGAUGUCUCUGCAUUAAACAAUGAAAGCUGACUUUAACCAAUAGGCUAUUUGGAAAGUACAGUGAUGGGUAUUCUGAAUGUUCACACUAGUAAAUGCCUCCAUAUUUUACGUCUAAAGAAUCACAAUUCAGUUUGUAACUAAGUACAGUCAUGGAAUUGUAUUAAAGCUCCCAGUACUAAUUUUGAAUAAUAUUUUGUAAACUGGGCCUUCUGAAGCACCUGUUAGCUUGGUAUCCUGUGAAAGUUUGUUAUUUUCUGGGUAGAUUUUCUUAUAUAGUAUUGUCUUUAAAAUCAGAUUGUCUCUUCUAUAUUGAAAGCAUUUUUAUGUUUUCUAAUUUAAAAAUUAAUAUUUUCAUAUAGAUAUUGUGCAAUAAAGCUGAAGUAGGAUGUGUGGUUUUGAAAUGCUUUAACAGCUGAUAAAUUUUACAUUUGUAAAAUUAAUAUAUUGUACUGGUACAGAAUAGUUUUAAAUUAUAAAAAAAGUCCAAAUCUUA